AUGGCGUUGGCGGCGCAACUGCGCAGGCUUCUCCCUUCCCUUCGCAGGGGGAUCCAGGUCACGGCUUGGGCCCAGGCGUCUGGCUGCGGGCGGCGUGGCGGCCCCCGCCUCUGGCUAGAUGGCAGCGAGGUACAUCGGCCACCUCCCCUGGGGUGGGUGUCCAAGAUCCUUGGAAAUGCUGUUGUUUUCAAAAAGGGCCUUAUAAUCUCAGCAUUGUCUUAUUUGGGCUUUGAAACUUUUCAACUGAUUUCUCAAUCUGCUGUGGUUCAUGCUGAAGCCAAUGUUGAGGAAAUCCUUGAACAAGCGGACUACCUAUACGGCAGUGGAGAAAUAAAAAAACUUUAUCAGUUGCUAGCCAAAUACAAAAAAAGUGAGGAUGCAGAGUUGUUAUGGCGUCUGGCACGGGCAUCCAGGGAUAUAUCUCAACUUAGCACUACCUCCAAACAAGAAAAGAAACAGCUGGUAUAUGAAGCUUUUGAAUAUGCAAAAAAGGCACUUCAAAAAAAUAAUUCAAGUUUUGCAGCUCACAAGUGGUAUGCUAUCUGUCUCAGUGAUAUUGGAGACUAUGAAGGUAUCAAGGUUAAAAUUGGAAAUGCCUUCAUUAUCAAGAAACACUUGGAGAAAGCAAUUGAACUGAAUCCUAAGGAUGCCACCUCAAUUCAUAUUAUUGGUAUUUGGUGUUUUUCAUUUGCUGAAAUGCCUUGGGUCCAAAGAAAAAUUGCUAAAACAUUGUUUGCAACUCCUCCCACUUCCACAUUUGAAGAGGCUCUAAAAUACUUUCAAAUGGCAGAAAAAGCGAAUCCAAACUUUUACAGCAAAAAUUUGCUUUACUUGGGAAAGACUUAUCUGAAAUUAAAAAACAAAAAGCUUGCUGCCCUCUGGUUACUGAAAGCCAAGGACUACCCAGCUCACACAGAGGAGGACAAGCAGGUACAAAAAGAAGCCGUCCAGCUGCUCAAAUCUAUUGGUGACAAGAAUUAAGGAUUUUACUCAGAAUAAACCAGCACACCAAAGAUUUCUAAUAAUUGUCUGUUUAUUAAGUUAUUCAUAUCACAGCCAGCCCAGCUUCGAUCACUAGCUAACGAGUUAGGCCGGUGAUGAACAUUCCAGCUUCCAGACAUCACAGGAAAAUCAGUCCUUGAUGGUGAUGAUAGUGAGAAGGGUAAACUCUAUGGAAAGGUACUGAGACAGAGUAUGGAAGUAUUCACAGACCAAGCAUGGUUUUUUCAGUGGAAAUUCCAUCCAUAAUCAUGUAAGGGGAAGGAACAUAUAUGAAGAACGCCAUAGAAAAAGCAGCUUGGGAUAUAACCAGUUAACCAAAACAAGAUCUGGAAAAUAAGAAUAAUCAGUGAAUGUUAAGUGCCUACCAUGUGCCAGGCACUGUGCUAAGCAGUGAUCUCAGCUCAAUUGGUGCUUUUGAUGCUCAAGACUGUUUUUAACUAGUGCUAACGAUCCCAGGAGUCUCUAUCAUGUUAAGAGUAUAACGUUAAUUGUACAACUAUUCAACAGAUUAAAAACUGUCCAUUAAUAAAUCGUUUCAUUUGAUGGA